AUGUAGAGUUCAAAAGCAAAAGAAACUCAUAAUAUAAUCAUGCAAUAAUAUGAUGGAAUUGAUGAAAUUAUUUAAUUAAAUUCAUAGACCUAGGAAAAAAUUUAAAAUUAGAGUGAGGCUGAAAAUUUUUCAAAAAUAAAAGAUGGGCUUGAUGAAUUUUUAGAACUUGUUUGUGAUAAUAUAUUAUAAAAUGAGGAAGAAAUAAAUGAUUAUCUGAAUGAUAAUAUACUUAUAAAUUUGAAUGCCUAAGAUAAAAGGAAGGCAAUAUAAUAUUUGUUUGGUUUUAAGUAGGGUAAUACCAAACUCGACUUUUUAAAUAACAUCUUGGAUUAAAAUUGCGAAGAACAAUUUAAUAAAUCACCUGAAUUAAAUGAAAAUUAAUAUUAUUUAGAUGCUCGUAAAAAUAAAGAAUACAGUAAUAUAUUAAAUAAACUUACUAAUGACAAAUUCAUCUUAGUCAAUAAGAUUCCAUCUUAGAUAGCCUCUAGUAAGGACUUUCUUGAGAGAAUAUUAAAUACUCAACUCUAAAAAGUACAUCUACUAUUUGAUUAUAAUGAAUAUUAGUAAGGAUUAAAAUAACUAACUUAAAUUGAACUUAUAAACAUUCUUUCAUAAUUUAUCGAUGAUACUGAUGAAAAGUUACAAUAAAUUAUUGGAUCUAUUUCCAUACGUUAAUGCUCUUAAUUUUAGACCUAUAAUGAUUGGAUCUAAGAAUAAGAAUAAAAUCUAUUUACAACUUAAUAAAAUUAGAAAUUCUUAAAUGAACUUCUUUGUUUAGAUCUAAUUAAAAUAUAGAAAGACUUAAUUACAUUCAUAUCAUAAUAAAUUGGAAAACUUAAUCAUAGUGAUCUAAAUAAAAAAAAAAAUUAAUAAUAAGGGGUAUUAAGAAUUUUUUAAGAAACCCUAAAGAUGUAAAUUUGUUGUAAUUUGUCACUAGAUUAAAUAUAUUUUGCAAUAACUUUUUAUUUUUGGAUAAAGCAUCAUAAUAAGAUUGUUAAAUUUCAUUAAGAAAUCUCAAAACCAUUAGGAUAAGUUACAGAUAAAAAAAAGGAAAAUGUUCUUCAAACGAAAUUAAAAUAGUAUAAAAAAGAAAAUAAAGAAUAAGAUUCCAUUCAUAAUUUCUUGAUGGAUAAAAUCAUUUUUUACAAAUCUGAUCAAUAAUAAUUUUUAAAGCCAAAUUAACAAGAAAGAAAUUCAAAUGAUUAUUAAGUCUAAAAUAUUUCAAACUACUUUUCAAAAAUAUUUAAUUAAUGCUUUAAUAUGGAUUCGAAAAUGGCUGAUGGAAUGGAUUAACAAUCCAAUUUCAUUCAAUUUUUGAAUCAACUUCAAGAGUUUCAUUUUUACCAAACUUAGAUUUGA